CUUAUCAUCUAUUGGUUGUAAUUUGCCACGUGGAGCUUAAUACAACCAAUCGGGAUGGAAAAGAAAUUACUGUAGACACGACGGUGAACUGGAGUCUUUCUGGUCUCGAAGUAGGAAGGAGACGGUCAUCUGGCCACAUUGGAUCCAAUUACAAGGUCAAAAACUAAUUAGGACAGUCUAUACCCGGACGCAGUACGGUGGAAACAUGAAAAUUGCUUUAUAUCAAAUCUGGAUUAUGUCAAGGUUGUACUGUACGACUUGGCACGAGUAAUCGACUAUGAACCCGGACACGGUUCAAUUGGCAUCCAUGUCUUCUGAACAGAAUUCUGUACCGUGUAAUGUAGCAUCUCUCUUGGAGGAAAAUGAAGUUUAUGAACCAUCAUAUAGUUAUGAUGAGGUUUUUCCAGCUCUUCCUGAAACUGAAGCACGUCAUGAACAACCACAGGCUAACUUAGGACAGUGGAAUCAAAAAAUGAAAGUGAAAACUUCUGUAAUCACCCAGGUUUUCCGGGUCCCUGUUGAAGAACGAAAAUUUCGGGAAUUCAACAGUCAAAGAUUUGGAGAACAGGGUGAACAAGCUAAAAUCUGUGCAGAAAUAAUGCAGAGGACUGGUGCUCAUAUUGAGAUUAGUUCAUCAAAAGAUCAGAGUCUUACUAUUUUGGUAACUGGUAAAGAAGAAGCAGUUUUAGCAGCAAGACGUUUUAUUGUUAAUGAACUGCAAACUCAGGCCAUCAUUACAAUUCCCAUUCCGAAAGAGCAUCAUCGUGUAAUACUUGGAAAAAAUGGUAAAAGAUUGGCCGAAUUAGAACAAAGUACAAACACAAAAAUUAUGGUACCACGUUCAGAAGAAAACUCAGAUUUGAUAAGGAUUACAGGGACAAAAGAAGGCAUAGAUAAAGCUCGUCAUGAAAUUCAGUUGAUAUCAGAUGAACAGGCUAAAAUGGCUUUUGAAAGGUUAAACAUUCCAAAAAUAUAUCAUCCAUUUAUAACUGGCCCUUUUAAUAACAACAUUGUUCAACUUUCUGCUGAAACUGGUGCACGGAUCAAUGUUCCUCCUCCUAGCAUUCAGAAAGAUGAAAUUACUAUUGCUGGUGAAAAAGAAGCUGUUGCAAAAGCAAAAGAGUGCAUUUUAAAGAUUUAUGAGGAAAAGAAAUUGAAGUGCCAAACAGUAUCUGUAGAAGUAAAAAAAGAACAGCAUAAAUAUGUUAUUGGUCCAAGAGGACAGACAAUACAGGAAAUUUUGGAACAAACUGAUGUUUCUGUUGAAAUGCCAUCUCUAGAUAGCCCAUCUGAAACUGUUACGUUACGUGGUGAACAAGAAAAACUUGGACCGGCUCUUACUCUUGUAUAUGCAAAGGCAAAUAGUGUAGUAGUAUUAGAAGUAGAUGCACCAAGCUGGCUUCACAAAUUUAUAAUAGGACGUAAAGGAGCUAAUAUUCGCCCAUUUGCACAAGAUUUUCCUAAGGUUCAUGUGCAAUUCACAGAUGGACAAGACAAAAUCAAAGUAGAAGGUCCAAGAGGUGAAGUUGAACAAGCACAAAAGAAAUUAGAAGAUAUGACAAAAGAUCUUCUGUCAAAAGUAUCAUGUGAGAAAAUUACAGUUGAUCCACGAUAUCAUCGUCACAUCAUAGGAAAGAAUGGAGCUAAUAUUAAUAGAUUGAAGCAAGAAACAGCUGUAGAAAUUCAGAUACCAUCUGAUAAUGAUAGUAGUGGAAUAAUAUAUAUUGAAGGAAAUCCAGCUGGAGUAGCUCAUGCAAAAAAAGAAUUAUUGGAUAUGGUCCAUAAAAUGGAAAAUGAAGUAAUAAAGGAAGUGAUAGUUGAGCAUAGAUUUCAUCGAACAAUUAUUGGUGCAAAAGGAGAAAAAGUGAAAGAAAUAAGAGAUCGCUUCAAUCAGGUAAAUAUCACAUUUCCAGAAGCAGGUGUGAAAAGUGACAGAGUUAUUAUUCGUGGCGCUAAGCAAGAUGUAGAGCAAUGCUAUCAUUAUAUGUCUCAGAUGAAUAAAGAAUUAGUAAUGAACAAUCAUCAAGUUGAAGUUCCAAUUUAUAAACAGUUUCAUAAGUUUAUUAUUGGAAAGGGAGGUUCCAAUAUUCGUAAGAUACGUGAGGAAACGGAUACAAAAAUUGAUCUUCCAGCUGAAGGUAGUGAUUCUAAUGUGAUUACAAUUACUGGAAAGAAAGAAAAUGUAUUAAUGGCUCAACAGUUGAUUUUAGAUAAACAGAAUGAAUUGGAAAAUGUUGUACAGCAAGACAUUAUCAUUCCUGCAAAAUUUCAUAAUUCUAUCAUUGGGGCCAAAGGGAAAUUAAUUCAUUCAAUCAUGGAAGAAUGUGGAGGUGUCUCAAUACGUUUUCCUCAAGUAGGAUCUGGCAGUGAUAAAGUGUCAAUUCGUGGACCGAAAGAUGAUGUCAAUAGGGCAAAGAAGUUACUGGUUGAAUUGAGUAAUGAAAAGCAAAAUGCUGGAUAUACAGAAGAAUUGAAAGCAAAGCCUGAACAUUUGAAAUUCUUAAUAGGAAAGAAUGGGGCCAAUGUUAAGAAGAUAAGAGAUAAAACAAAAGCAAGAAUUAUUUUUCCAUCAGAAAAAGAUGAUGAUCGUGAAUCGAUUGUUAUUAUUGGCAGAAAAGAGGAAGUGAUGCAAGCAAAGAAAGAACUCCAGGAUAUGAUUAAAGAAUUGGACAAAGUAACAGAAUUGAAAAUGAGAGUAGAUCCAAAAUAUCACCGUCAUUUUGUAGCCAGGAGAGGAGAAGUACUGCGUCAGAUAGAAGAAGAUUAUGGAGGUGUUGUUGUCAGUUUUCCACGAAUUGGUAACAAUAGUGAUGAAGUUACUUUGAAAGGUCCAAAAGAAUGUAUUGAAGGUGCAAAACAGAGAAUAUUGGAGAUUGUAGAUGAAUUGGCAUCUCUAGUAACAAUGGAAUGCAUCAUACCACAGAAAGAUCAUAGAACAGUUAUGGGGCCAAGAGGACAGAAAGUUCAGAAUAUAAAAACUGAAUAUAAUGUUCAAAUUAAAUUUCCUGAUAGAGAGUUCAGGCAAGAUGAUAGUUUUUCAAAUGAAGAAGAAUUGACAAUGAAUGGAGAAUUUAACUAUUCUAUGAAUGGGCCUGAUGAAAAGCCAAGGAAGAGCGAUAUAAUUCUUAUAACUGGUAAAAAAGAAAACUGUCAAGCAGCUCACGAUGCUCUUCAGGCUCUAGUACCUAUUAGCAUUGAUGUAGAAAUACCAUAUGAUUUCCAUCGUUAUAUCAUUGGCCAGAAAGGAAAGGAUGUACGUGAAAUGAUGAAUAAAUAUGAUGUUAAUAUAGAAAUUCCUAGACAGACAGAGCAAAGUGAUGUUAUCAAAAUCAGAGGGUCUCCUGUAAAUGUUGAAAAUGCUAAAACUGCUUUAUUAGAAAGAGCUCAACAAUUAGAAGAAGAAAAACAAGAUAGGUUACUUCGCAGUUAUAAUCUUACUGUUGAAGUUGAUCCAACGUAUCUUCCAAAGAUAAUUGGGCGUAAAGGUGCUGUAAUUAAUAAGAUCAGAAAUGAUCAUAAAGUUCAGAUUCAGUUUCCUGAACGUGGUGAAUCUAAUGAUAAUAUCAUAACAAUAACUGGCUAUGAAAGAGAUGCUGAAGCUGCUCGUGAUGACAUUUUAAAAAUAGUACACGAAUUGGAUGAAAUGGUCAGUGAUAGUAUUGAAAUUGAAAAUAGUGUUCAUUCACGGUUAAUUGGCAGCAAAGGUCGAAAUAUCAAAAAGAUUAUGGAUCAGUACAAAGUCGAAAUCAAAUUUCCACGUCAGUCGGAUUCCAAUCCAAAUUUAGUUGUGAUUACAGGAUUGCAAGACAACGUGGAUGAUGUUAAAGAUGUUCUGCUAAAUUUUGCAGAAGAAUAUCUUCAAGACAUCAAUGAAGCCGAAUGGAUGAGAAAGUAUACAACUCCACCAAGCCGUCAGAAUGACUAUGAGGGAGACCGUCCCAGAGAGAACAAAGGUUUUGUUGUCAGAGGCGGACCUUGGGAGCAAAGAUCUGCUGUACCUGCCCCCGAUACCUCUAACACCCAGGAAUUCCCGUCCUUCGGCUCGGCGGAUGUGCCUAAACCUGUUGCCUGGGGACCUCGUCGCUAGUUCCACUAAUCGAAAUGCUUCUAACUGUGCGCCUGAACGCCGCACGGUUGUCGGCGGGGAUAGUGGCUCCGUGCUCCAUUUGGUGGCAUGAUUGUUCGUUUUUAUCUGAAUGCCAUGCCCUCACCAGCCAUCACCAUCUUUUUUCUCCAUGAUUCAUGGGUACAACUGUUGUGAUUUGUGUUUCUUGGACUGACUGUUCUGUCCUUGUGGGACCCAUUCCAAUAAUUGUCUUGCCUUCCUUUAAAUCAAUUGUUGAUCAUCUGAAUUUUGUUGAUUUUAUAGGCCAAAAGAAAAAAACUAUAAAAUUUUCCAUAAGACACUUUCAGGGAACAUUGUCCUCUGUAAUAGUGUCUAGAACUGUAUAUUCUAAUGUAUUAAUAUAAUCAUCUUUAUUAGAAUUUUUAUGUUAUAACAUCACGGAUUAAAUUAUAGUUUAUUAUUGUUAUUUUUUUUCCUUAAUGUUCUUAUAUGGCGAUUUAGAUAUAUUAAUAUCAAAAGAUCUCCACUCAAUAAUUUUUUUUUGUUUUUAGACAUUUGCAGUUUUGUAAAGGUAAAGAAUACCUUAAUUUUUUUUUUGUUCUGUGGGGAAAAUUUAGAAAGGAAGGAGAUUAUUUGUAAUAUAUGUUUUAAUUUUCUUAUAUUCCACCUCCAAGUGCUAAUGAAAUCAUAGGUGAAAGUAAUUUUAAUUUUUGACAGUAUCAUUACAAGAUUUGGUAUGGUGGGGUGAGGAAUGACAACAGGUGGUGUUGCAUAUCAGUAGAUUCCUUGCAAGGUGUUUGCACAUGGGUUGUUUUACUAUGCAGAUACACUUCCAGUGGCACAGGGAAUUACAUACUCCUUGAUGAUGCCAGUCAUGCUUUGAAAAAUUAAUUUGUAUAUUCCAUUCAAAAUGUAUAAUAAUCUAAAGAGGAAAUAAAUGGAGAAAAACUUUA